AUGGCGGCAGAGCCCCUGCCUUCCGAGGCCUCCUGGGUCAACUGGAUGGGCGAGCCCACCGUAGCCUGGCAGAGUGACCCCAUCAGCACCAAGCCCGGGAAAGCGCCAGGUGCCUUCCAGCUCGGGACGCAGUUCUGGAUCUUUAACCACAGCGGAGAGGAGACCUCGCCCCCGUUUCUGACCGACGCUUGGCUCGUUCCCCUCUUUUACGCCCUUAUCAUGUUGCUGGGCCUGGUGGGCAACGGCCUGGUCAUCUAUGUCAUCAGCAAGCAUCGCCAGAUGCGCACAGCCACAAACUUCUACAUUGCAAAUCUGGCUACCACUGACAUCAUAUUCUUAGUGUGCUGUGUUCCCUUCACUGCCACUCUCUAUCCCUUGCCCAGCUGGGUGUUUGGCGACUUUAUGUGCAAAUUUGUCAACUAUUUACAGCAGGUGACUGUCCAGGCUACUUGCAUUACUCUGAUGGCUAUGAGUGUGGACCGCUGCUAUGCUACACUGUACCCAUUGCAGUCGUUGCGUUAUCGAACCCCCCAGGUAGCCAUGGCCGUCAGCUUUGCUAUUUGGAUUGGUUCCUUCAUUCUCUCCUUGCCCAUGGCUAUGUUUCACCGUACUGAAAAUGGCUACUGGUAUGGUUUACGUACCUACUGCAUUGAAGCUUUCACAAGCAAGAACCAGGAGCGCAGCUUUAUCCUCUACACUUUCCUGGGUGUUUAUCUAUUGCCUCUUCUCACUAUUUGCUUCUGCUACACCAUCAUGCUCAAGCGAAUUGGACGUCCUGUGGUUGAACCAGUGGACCAUGAUUACCAGCAAGUGCAACAUCUCUCUGAACGCUCAGCGGCCGUGCGAGCUAAGAUUUCCAAGAUGGUUGUAGUGAUUGUGCUUCUUUUUGCCAUUUGCUGGGGUCCUAUCCAGUUCUACCUGCUUUUUCAGGGCUUCUAUCUCCAUUUCCAGGUGAACUAUGAAACCUAUAAGAUUAAGACGUGGGCUAAUUGCAUGUCUUAUGCUAACUCUUCCCUCAACCCUAUUGUUUAUGCUUUCAUGGGAGACAGUUUCCGCAAAUCCUUCAAGAAAGCGUUCCCCUUCCUCUUCCGCCAGCGUGUACGGGACAAUGGCAUGCAUUCAGGCUCCCAUAAUGCGGAGAUGAAAUUUGUUACUGAAGAGACCUAG